GUUCUCUGCCUCCUCUACCGCCCCGUUAAUCUGCAUGGAGCUCCAAAUGUCCCGUUCAAGCUCUUUUCCUUCGGUUGCUUUUGAGUAUCCCUUCACGUUCCCUUAGGUGCUAGGGGCAUCUCAACUUUUGGGGCUUUUUUUUUUCUUUUCGUCCUGCCUGACAUUGGAUUGCUUUUGAAUAUGUUAAAAUGGGGCUGCUAACGCCACUCCUGCUUUUUGGAUUUGUCCAUUUUCAAGUUUAUGGGUCUCGUCUUCGUCAGGAAGAUUUUCCACCUCGAAUUGUAGAGCAUCCAUCGGAUGUGAUUGUUUCUAAAGGAGAGCCAACGACUCUGAACUGCAAGGCUGAAGGAAGACCUUCUCCCACUAUUGAGUGGUACAAAGACGGUGAGCGUGUGGAGACUGAUAAAGAUGACCCCCGCUCACACCGCAUGCUGCUCCCUAGCGGAUCUUUAUUUUUCUUGCGUAUUGUACAUGGGCGCAGAAGUAAACCAGAUGAAGGAAGUUAUGUGUGUGUUGCAAGAAACUAUCUGGGGGAAGCUGUGAGUCGGAAUGCUUCUCUGGAAGUAGCAUUGCUCCGGGAUGAUUUUCGCCAAAACCCCACCGAUGUUGUUGUAGCUGCAGGUGAACCAGCCAUUUUAGAAUGCCAGCCUCCUCGUGGACAUCCUGAGCCCUCUAUCUACUGGAAAAAAGACAAAAUUCGAAUUGAUGACAGAGAAGACAGAAUCAGUAUACGAGGUGGGAAGCUUAUGAUUUCAAACACAAGAAAAAGUGAUGCAGGAAUGUACACGUGUGUUGGAACCAACAUGGUGGGAGAAAGGGACAGUGAUCCAGCAGAACUGACUGUUUUCGAACGGCCCACAUUUCUCCGGAGACCAAUCAACCAGGUGGUUUUAGAAGAAGAAACUGUAGAAUUCAGAUGUCAAGUACAAGGGGAUCCUCAGCCAACAGUACGGUGGAAGAAAGAUGAUAACGACUUGCCAAGAGGAAGAUAUGACAUCAAAGAUGACUACACCCUGCGCAUAAAAAAGGCAGUGAGCGCUGAUGAAGGGACAUAUACGUGCAUUGCUGAGAACAGAGUGGGAAAAGUUGAAGCAUCUGCUACUCUUACAGUCCGAGCUCGUCCUGUUGCACCUCCACAGUUUGUGGUAAGACCACGUGACCAGAUUGUUGCCCAGGGCCGAACAGUGACUUUCCCAUGUGAAACGAAGGGAAAUCCCCAGCCAGCUGUUUUUUGGCAAAAAGAAGGCAGCCAGAAUCUUCUCUUUCCAAACCAGCCUCUCCAGCCCAACAGCAGGUAUUCCGUGUCACCUACAGGGGAUCUCACUAUUACCAACAUUCAAAGAUCUGAUGCUGGCUACUACAUCUGUCAAGCACUCACUGUUGCUGGGAGUAUUUUAGCAAAGGCUCAAUUGGAAGUUACAGACGUUCUGACAGAUCGGCCUCCACCCAUCAUUCUUCAAGGACCUGUAAACCAGACACUUGCAAUAGAUGGAACAGCUUUGCUAAAGUGCAAGGCUACUGGUGACCCAAUGCCUGUUAUCAGCUGGUUAAAGGAAGGAUUCACUUUCUUGGGCAGAGAUCCUAGAACAUCUAUACAGGACCAAGGAAGUUUGCAAAUCAAGCCUCUACGACUAUCUGACUCUGGUACAUAUACUUGUGUUGCCACAAGCUCAAGUGGGGAGACAUCAUGGAGUGCUGUGCUAGAUGUAGCAGAGUCUGGGGGAGCAGCCGUCAGCAGAAACUAUGAUUCAAAUGACCUUCCUGGGCCACCAUCCAAGCCUCAGGUCACUGAUGUUACUAAGAACAGUGUCACCUUGUCAUGGCAGCCCGGUAGCCCUGGAAACCUUCCAACUACUGCAUACAUCAUUGAGGCUUUUAGUCAAUCCGUGAGUAACAGCUGGCAAACAGUUGCUAAUCACGUAAAAGCAACACCUUACACUGUAAGAGGGCUUCGUCCAAAUACGAUCUACCUAUUUAUGGUGAGAGCUAUCAACUCACAAGGUUUGAGUGACCCCAGUACCAUGUCAGACCCUGUCCGAACCCAAGAUAUCAGUCCACCAGCACAAGGCGUGGAUCAUAGGCAAGUCCAAAAGGAGCUGGGAGAUGUCAUUGUGCGACUGCAUAAUCCUGUUGUGUUGACCCCUACCACAGUUCAAGUCACUUGGACGGUUGAUCGCCAAUCCCAAUUCAUUCAAGGUUAUCGGGUCAUAUAUCGCCAGACAUCAGGCCUGCCUGUUCCAACUGCAUGGCAGACCCUGGAAGUUAAAGUUCCCACCGAGCGCAAUGCUGUCCUAGUGAAUUUGAAAAAAGGAGUUACGUAUGAAAUUAAAGUUCGGCCAUAUUUCAAUGAGUUCCAAGGAAUGGAUAGUGAAGCAAAAUCUGCCCGAACUACUGAAGAAGCUCCAAGUGCCCCUCCACAGUCUGUUACCGUUUUGACAGUGGGAAAUCACAACAGCACCAGUAUCAGCAUUUCUUGGGAUCCUCCACCUCCAGAUCAUCAAAAUGGCAUAAUUCAAGAAUACAAGAUCUGGUGCUUAGGUAAUGAAACAAGGUUUCACAUCAACAAAACUGUGGAUGCUGCCAUUCGAUCUGUCGUGAUUGGAGGCCUGUAUCCAGGCAUUCAGUACAGAGUAGAAGUUGCAGCAAGUACCAGUGCUGGUGUUGGAGUGAAAAGUGAACCGCAGCCUAUAAUAAUUGGAGGUCGGAAUGAAGUUGUCAUCACUGAAAAUAGCAACAGCAUAACAGAGCAAAUCACGGAUGUGGUUAAGCAACCUGCCUUCAUAGCUGGAAUUGGUGGUGCAUGCUGGGUAAUUCUCAUGGGUUUCAGCAUCUGGCUGUAUUGGCGCAGAAAGAAAAGGAAGGGACUGAGCAAUUAUGCAGUUCAGUCCUUCACCUUCACCCCAGCAGUCACUUUUCAAAGAGGAGAUGGAGGACUUAUGAGCAAUGGAAGUCGACCAGGGCUAUUAAAUGCAGGUGACCCCAGUUAUCCAUGGCUUGCAGACUCAUGGCCUGCUACCAGCCUGCCAGUCAACAACAGUACUAGUGGACCAAAUGAUCUUGGGAAUUUUGGCCGUGGAGAUGUGCUGCCUCCGGUGCCAGGCCAAGCAGAUAAAACUGCCACAAUACUUUCUGACGGAGCCAUUUACAGCAGCAUUGACUUCACGACCAAAAGUAGUUACAACAGUUCCAGCCAAAUAACACAGGCUACACCAUAUGCCACAACACAAAUAUUGCAUUCAAACAGCAUCCAUGAAUUGGCAGUUGAUUUACCGGAUCCCCAGUGGAAAAGUUCAGUUCAACAAAAAAGUGACCUAAUGGGAUUUGGUUACUCUUUACCUGAUCAAAGCAAAGGCAACAAUGCCUUACUUUACAUUCCUGACUACCGAUUGGCUGAGGGAUUGUCUAGUAGAAUGCCCCACAACCAGUCACAGGAUUUCAGCACCACCAGCUCUCACAACAGCUCAGAAAGAAGUGGCAGCCUCUCAGGUGGGAAAGGAGGGAAGAAAAAGAAAAACAAAAAUACUUCGAAGCCACAGAAAAAUAAUGGCUCUAACUGGGCCAACAUCCCUCUCCCACCCCCUCCAGUACAGCCACUGCCAGGCACAGAGCUAGAGCACUAUGGGGUUGAUCAGCAAGAAACAGGGUAUGACAGUGAUGGCUGGUGCCCACCUUUACCAGUUCAAACGUACCUGCAUCAGGGUAUGGAGGAUGAACUUGAAGAAGAAGAUGACAGAGUUCCUACACCUCCCGUCCGAGGAGUUGCCUCUUCCCCAGCAAUUUCCUUUGGGCAGCAAUCUACUGCAACACUCACCCCAUCUCCACGUGAGGAGAUGCAACCUAUGCUUCAAGCCCAUCUUGAUGAACUGACAAGGGCUUAUCAGUUUGAUAUAGCAAAGCAAACAUGGCACAUUCAAAGUACUGUACAGGCACCUCAGACUCCUGUUCCACCAUUAGGAUAUGUGUCUGGGACUCUAAUAUCAGAAUUGGAAACAGAUAUUCCCGAGGAUGAUGAUGAUGAUGAUACUGAAGAGGAGGCUAUAGAAAUCACAAGGCCACUGAGAGGACUAGAGCAUACUCCAGGAUCCAGCAUGGACAAUCUAGACAGCUCUGUGACAGGUAAACCAUAUUCUUCCCAAAGGCCUCGGCCAACCAGCCCAUUUUCUACUGACAGCAAUACCAGUGCAGCCCAGAAUCAGAGUCAAAGGCCAAGGCCUACCAAAAAACACAAGGGAGGCAGAGUGGACCAGCCUCCAUUGCCUCACCGUAGGGAAGGCAUGACAGAUGAUCUUCCUCCACCACCAGACCCACCCCCUGGUCAGGGUUUAAGGCAGCAGAUAGGCCCUGGCCAACGUGGCGGUUCGACAGAGAGGAAAGGAAGCUCUCUAGAACGACAGCAUAUCAGCAUAGAGGAAACAAAGAGCUCUUUGGAUCAUCAAACUAGAACAUCACUAGAGUGGCAGCGGCAAACCCAGGAAUGGAUAAGCUCCACAGAACUUCAAGGCCAGAAAAAACAAGCAUUUGGAUCAGAGGAGGCACUAGUGCCAUAUAGCAAGCCUAGCUUCCCAUCUCCAGGUGGUCACAGUUCUUCAGGUACAGCAUCUUCUAAGGGAUCAACUGGACCCAGGAAAGGUGACGUCAUGCGAGGCAAUCACCAACGCAAUGCCGGUGACCUUCUUGAUGUAGGAUAUAUGGGAUUAAACAGUCAAGGACAAUUUUCUGGUGAAUUAUAGUAGUUGAAUACAAACAUCUCAAGAUGCUGUCCAGGGCUACCAAGGUCUGAACUCAUGGAAGUGAUGAUACUAAACAGUGCAAUGAACAUUUUCUUUAUUUAUAUACUUACUAUUAAAAGAACUGUAAAUGCAAUGUAAAGAUACACACAGCCACACAUAUCCCACAAAUACUCUACUUGUGUUCUUCUCUUUGCUACACCUUCCACCUUAAAUCUAUUUCUUAUCAAGCAUAUAUAAAGAAAAAAAAUCACCCUCCAGGAAGAAAUGGAUUUCCCUUGUACAUAAUUUCUUUUUAUUGCAUUGCUAUGCAAGCUCACCUUUUUUAGCUAUGUUCAUAUUAUUGUCUGUUCUGAUUGGUCUGUUGUACUAUAUGUGAAUUAAUAGGCUGUGGUGCCAUAUAAUAACUUUUAAUUGUGUAACUUUUUAUGUUGAAAGUUUGCACUGCAAUUUUUUUUGUUGGUGAUAAGCACAAAACCCUUACUCCUCGUGACAUGAAGAAGAAAAGGACUGAAUGUGAAAGGAGUCUAUGUACUGUAAGCUAUGUUGGAUAAUGAUGGAUGUAAUGAAUUAUGUUAGGUGGUUUUCCAUUUGGGUGUAGAUUUAGGAAGAUGGCUUGCAAAACUGAUGUUGGCAAAGUCUUUCUGGGGCAACAGAGACAUAAUGCUUUUAUCAUUUUAAAAAGAGGUCAAGUGAUGGAAGUGUGAGUUUCAAGACCAGACUACAUCUAUGAGAGCCUUUUUUCAGUAUCUGCUUUUAUUUGCUCAACACAGUUGAACUUGCGUCAAAGGAAAGAAGUUAAGGUGUUUCACUAAAGCUGUUUUUUAUAUAUAUAUAUAACAGUUUUAAAAGAAUACUGUAUGACUGAGUCACUAUCUUCCCCACUCCUCCAGGAAACACAAACCAUAUGAGCUAGUGGAAUAACUAGCUAAGUUAAAGAUGCAAUUUAUGACUGAGAUAUAUCCAAGCUGCUUCCAAAAAAGUUAGACUAUUUUAGUUCAUCUUUCCAAUACAUGUACAGUACAAUGGAAGGUGUACAGCUGCAUCACUUGAAAUUCAUGGCAUAAUAGUUUUUAUGCAGGCUUUUUUUUUGUAUUGUAUUAUCUGAAAUUAUCACACAUUGACAAUAAUUUGUACGGAAACCUUGGGUUACAAUGUUUGAAAAGAAAGCAAUGAUAAAUUUAUGCUUAAUUUGAAGUUACUGUGUCUUUUGGCAAUGCAGUACAUUAUUGGAAACUCAAUAGAAAAAAAAACAUCUUUGACCUAUUUUUGAUGAGUACAUUUCAAGCCUCUUCUUAUGAAAACAUGAUGCAUGUUGAUACACUUUUUGAAUAAACCAAACUCUCUGUAAGUGGACAUUAACAAAAGCAUCCUGUCUCAUCAUUAGUUCUCAUGACUUUCUCCAGCUUCUCUGCAGUAUUUUAGUUCUCUGUUGAAAAUACUGUACAUAAAAUUCAAAUGCAUUAAAAAAUUUAUUUGAAGUUUA